AUGGGAAGACACGAGGCUGCGGGCUCGAUGGGUGAACGCGCGUGGGGCGAGGUUUUUGAAGUACAGGCAGAAGGGCUUUCCAACAGGGCGUAUGUUAAGGAGAGGAGUAGCAUUGUGCGUGUCUGCACGUCUGUGAAGCCACGCGAGGAGAAAAUGAGUCUAGCAACAAUCAGGCGCAUUCGAAAAAGCUUUGGAGAAGACGCACGAGCAUGGGGGGCAAUCGAGUGGGGUGAGGAGCGGUAUCGAGUGGCGCGCGUCUGCCGUCUGCGCGUCUGCAGGGACAACCGCGGGCGCUGA